UUUCCAGUGACACUGACGUCAGCCAUGUACAAUGGAAAUGAGGGAGACACCAAUUUUCAGGGUGUCUGUGUACAGGCAGAUGAGGCUGGAGGCGGGAUGCUAGGGGUCAACUUUGACGUCACACUUGUUGCUACUCCUGGCACUGCAAGCACUCCAGAUGACUUCACUCUAUCCGUGUCGGUGGUCAGUUUUUCGACCACAGAGAAUAGUGGACUAACGAAAUGCUUUGGAAUAAAUCUUGAUGAGGAUUUCAACCUGGAAGGC